AUGGCUCCGGUGGAAGUUGAGGCUGUACAGGUCUACAAAGAGCAGGUGAAUGGCCUGUUAGACCGCGCGGCGCAAAUCAAGCCCGACAAGCAGAUCGAGCCUCCGUUGACUGAGGCAGUUUUGGGCGAACUGAUCUGGCAGCUUCCACCACAGCAAGAUGAGAUCAUAAAGUCUCUAAACCCGCAGACUCGGCUUGCUGCGGUAGAGAUUGCGUUUCGUGAGAAGUUUUAUCAUACUGUGGCUGCGACCUCUAUCAACGAACCUUCCUUCAUUGACAUCUGGAACCUCCUCGAUAUCGUUUCUAUCUUCUCUGACAACGAACAAUGUGAACCCGGCUUGAUCUUUUGGCUUAUUGAGGAAUUGCUGGAUAGCCAGACAAUUGACGGUUGCCGCAAGGUGUUUGACUAUCUAGAGUCGCGUCGAGAGCGGAAUAUUAAGAAACAUUUCAAGCAAAAGAGCUUGGUUAUUCUCCGGUCUUGCAAUGAGCUUCUUCGCAGGCUGUCACGAGCAGAAGAUACCGUAUUCUGUGGACGUGUAUUUAUUUUCAUGUUUCAAAGUUUCCCACUCGGCGAUAAAAGUUCAGUCAACCUCCGAGGAGAGUUUCACACUGAAAAUGUCACCAGCUUUGACGAAAUCUCGCGACCUAAGCUUGGUGACGAGGAGGGGGACUCCACCAUGACCGAAGGGAAUGAGGACACACCUAUGGUUGACGGUGCAGCAGCAGGGACACCUCAAGCUACUGGCCAAGAGAAUGAAGGUACCCCAAAGCUGCCCAAAGUUGUUAUCUCGGGUGGUCAAAAAGGGAAGCCGGAUGAAAAGGUAGACUUAAAUGCUCUUUAUCCUAUUUUCUGGAACCUGCAGUCUUUCUUCUCGACUCCCACCAAGAUGUUUGAUACUGAACGUUUUGUUUCAUUCAAAAUUGGCAUGGAGGCCACUUUGAAUGCCUUCAAGAAUAUCAACACGGAACUUGAAAACAAAACCCCCGCACGUUCUUCCGAUGAAGCUAUCAAGUCACAUAAACGAAAACGCAUGAACGAUGGAGCUGAGUUUGGGACAAGUUUUAAUCCGAAAUACUUAACCAGCCGAGAUCUUUUCGACCUUGAAGUCAGUGAUACUGCAUUUCGACGACACGUUUUGGUACAAGCUCUUAUUCUUCUGGACUUCAUGCUAUCUCUUACAUCCCAAGCCAAGACACGAUCGACAGAUCUAACCAACAAAUCGGUGCUUUACGGCUUUACAUUGAGUGACGAUGACGCAAAAUGGGUCGCAAACAUGCGAAAGAGCAUUGAAGGAUACUUGGCAGAUGGCCUCGAAGGCAAGUUCUACUAUCGCAUGGUGGACACUGUCUUGUCCAGAGACAGAAACUGGGUACGAUGGAAAGCCGAGGGCUGCCCCCCCAUUGAGCAGCCCGCCAUUCCAGUGCCUGAAUAUAUGAAGGCGCGAAAUGAGGCUAGCAAAAUAUACACCAACAAACGUCUCCGUCCCACGCCUAUGGGCUCCUUGGACUUAAAAUUCCUCUCUGAUGCCGAAGCGCUUGCCAACGUUGAACGUCUUAAGGAGUCAGAUCGCUUUACCGUCCCGACUGCUGAUUCAUUCAUGAUGGGAAUCAUGGAUGAUGAGAUGGAUAUUGACAUGGCACAGACUCCAGAUGAUAAGAAUGUUGCUAUCAUAUCGAAGGCCAGUAAGACCUGGCGCGUUCUUCGUCUUGCUGCUAAAUCCAGGCUCUCCGCCUUUGACAAGAUCGAAGAUGGAAAUAAUCUCAAGGCAUUGUUCGAAGCUCCUGCACCACCAGCAGACACACCGCCACCCACAGAAGCAAACCAGGGUGCCGAAAACGGCGAGACCACUGAGCACGAUUCCAAAGAUUUCACAGAGAAUACUGAGGAAGCGCAAGAGCCCCAAGAACCCCAGGAAGCCCAGGAAAAUCAGGAGCCUCGAGAACCGCAAGAAACCACUGAAGACAGCAAACCGGUCACCGAGAAUCCCCAUCAAGAAUUGGAAGCUACUAGUAAGGAGAAUCCCGCCACCGACCGAAAUCCUGGCGCAUCUAGCGCGCUUUCCGGAGAUGAUGCCAUGAAAGACUCGACAACCUGA